AUGGCAGAUCCAGUGGCGGAUUUCUUGGCUAGGGAGCAAGAUUUAUUCGCUGAAAUCGAAGGAGCUCCUGUUGGAGGUCCUCCUCCUGCACCUGCUGCUGUGCAUGAACCCGCUGAUGAUUUUGGUGCGAUGAUGAUGGAUCCUCCUUCUGUUGGAGGUGGAGACUCUGGAGUUGAUCUUGCCGGGAUGGAUUAUCAGCCAACACCACCCGUGCCGCUGGUCAACGGAAACGGUGUCAGUAGUCAUCAUUCUGCUGCAAGUUCAAAAGGACCAUCACCUGUUCCUGCAGUGCCACGCAUUGAGGCUGAGAACAUUCGCAGGUGGCGCGAACAGCAGAAGGUUCUCCUGGAAAAGAAAGAUGAAGCUGAAGAAAAGAAGAAAAAUGAGCUUCGCAGCGCAGCAAAGAAGGAGCUGGAAGAAUGGUACAAGCAGCGAGAUGCUGCUUUGAAAUUAACAAAGGAGGCGAAUAGAAAAGCGGAAGAAGAGCAUCUAGCUGCUUUCGGCCGUGAACAAGGAGAAGGGGCCCAGUGGGAAGAAAUCGCUCGGCUGUGCGAAGCUAAAGCUCAACAGAAAGGAGGAAAAGACGUCAGUCGCCUGAAGAGUUUGCUGCUUCAUCUCAAAGACCAACAACACAAGUAA